AGACGGCAUGGCAUCAGCCUGCCCAAGUCUUUACUUGAACAAAUCAAUACCUCAGAGCAGAGCUCUCAUCGACACAAAAGUGGUCGUUCCCAUGCAUCACGCAAGGAUGCGCGAAAGCAAGAGCGAACGGAUCGUAAAAAGAGAAAGGCGGAUCACUUUAUACAUAGCCCUUACUCAGCCAAACGGAAGACGGAAGAAGAACACGUCAAUUCACCGCAGAGAAAGCGCGUGAAGACGUCACAAGAGUCAGUUUCUCGACCACCUGCCUCAAAGUCUCACAAUGCGGCUGCCACCAAGGUACUGCCGCGUCCUAUGCCUGAGGAACCGCAUACCACCACCGAGUCUGUGCCGAAGCAAAAAUUCAAAACCACUGCGCUAGAGAGACUCGUAAAUAAAUCGGUUGCUAAAUCCCAUAAAGUUGCAUCUACGGGCCCUCGAAGUCGCGAAGAAGAGGAAGAAGAUGCGUAUAUCGCGUACCUUGAAUCAAAGCUGGGGUAUGCUGGAGGUGAUUCACGUCGUAAGGAUGAUGACAUGGAUGGACUAGGAGUCUACUUUGCAGCUAUGCGUUGCGUGGUGUUUGAGUCCACGCAGGACUCAGAUUUGGAUGACGAAGUGGAGGAUGAAGAUCAAUCAACAUCUGCGGAAGACCAUAGUGACGGAUCUUGGGAAGAUGAGGAGUGGGGUGGCCUUGACGAGCUCAGCAAGAACGACGGAACUGAAGCUGGGGAAAAUGAUGAUUCGGUGGACGAUGAUGACCAUGAGGUGACAGAGACGAAAGAAGGCGAACCUUCCGACAUUCAACCUAAGGUUACUGGACGCUAUAUCCCGCCGGGAUUGAGGAAACAAGAUAAUAGCGAUACAAAUGAAACAGAGGAACAACUCAAACUCACUCGUCAGCUGAAAGGUCUGAUAAACAGAAUGUCUGAACAAAACAUUGCAACCAUCCUAGAUAGCAUAGAAGACGUGUAUCGCAAUCACCGCCGGCAUGAUGUCACCUCAACCCUCACGAACCUCAUCAUUGAUGGCAUAUCAUCCCAUUCUACUCUUCUGGACUCGUAUGUGGUUCUCCACGCCGCGUUUAUAUCUAGCCUACAUAAAUUGAUCGGCACUGCAUUUGCGGCAUAUUUUGUUCAGAAUACAGUGUCCUCGUAUGAACAACACCUCACUUCGGUGGAGGAAAAGUUAGCCGCGUCAACGGAAAUCCCUGAAGACCUAGGAAAAGAGUGCUCCAACCUCAUCGUGCUUUUGUCAGAGCUGUACAAUUUUCAAGUCAUUUCGUGCAUUCUCGUCUAUGAUAUCAUUCGCGGCCUUCUGGAUAAAGACCUAUCUGAGUUCCGGGUAGAACUCCUGCUGAAACUUCUUCGAAGUUCCGGCCAACAGCUACGACAAGAUGAUCCUAUGGCAUUGAAGGACAUCAUAACUUUAGCACAGUCUCGAGUCACCGGACAAGCCGAUACCAUGAGUUCACGCGCGCGGUUCAUGAUCGAGACCCUAAAUAACCUGAAGAACAAUAAAAUCAAGAAGACAGCUGCAACACAGCAUCAGGGGGGCGAUGCUGUCGAGCGGAUGAAGAAGUUCCUCUCAGGCUUGGGAAAAAAGAAGCACAUUCUCGCUCACGAGCCGUUACGCGUAACAUUGGAGGAUCUCCAUUUGGCAGAAAGCAAAGGAAAGUGGUGGCUCAUUGGCGCUGCUUGGGCCGGAGAUCCUCUGGCCGAUCAAUCGCGCGAAGUUCCCCAACAUGGUGGGGAAACGGAGACAGGUGACGUCAGCACUACCGCGCUUCUAAAGCUUGCGAGGAAGCAGGGCAUGAAUACAGAUAUUCGUCGAAGUAUUUUUGUGGUGCUCAUGAGCAGUGAUGACUAUCUGGACGCUUGCGAACGACUUGCGCAACUCGGCCUCACAGAAGUACAGCAACGCGAGAUCGUCAGAGUAAACCUGCAUUGCUGUGGAAAUGAAAAAUCUUAUAACCCGUAUUACACACUUGUCUGUCAGCACCUGUCUCAGCGUUCGCAUUCGUACAAGAUUACAUUGCAGUUCUGUCUAUGGGACUUUCUUCGGGACUUGGGCGAAAGUAGCGUUGGUGGGGCAGAGGUAAUCAAGAGCCUGAAAGAUAACGAUGUAGGGUUUGAUGUUAAAUCCAUGUCGCCUUCGCGAAUGAAGAACGUCUCCAAAGCAUACGCAUGGUGGAUAGCCAAAGAUUGUUGUACGCUGACGAUCUUCAAGCCUGUAGACUUCACGAUGCUCAAGCCACAGACACGCACUUUUUUGAAAGAGUUGUUCAUACAACUGUUUAUCGCUAGCCAGGUUUCAUCACCGAUGCUCAGCAACGACUCCAAAGACUAUCCUUCCAUGAGGAACCGUGGAUCACUCGAAGAGAUCUUCUUGAAGGCAUCCAGGAUCGAAAACCUGGGCCUUGGAUUGGUAUUCUUCAUGUCUAAUACAUUCAAAGGAGAGGAUGGGUUCUUGACUUGGGCUAGUUCAGUGGCAAAAGAGACGUUACAGACUGGGAUGGACCAUAUCCCCAAAAUCUAACAAUGCUUAACUACGCAGAUUUGGUGAAUGCCACACUAGAACAUGCACUCCCGGUGCUCCCGCCGAAUGAAAUAGUUGGAUGUUCUAUACGAGA